AUGGUCUUAGUCGGUGGCAUACAGACUACCUACACUACCGGUUACUGUGCGACUGCCCUUGAGGGUUUUGCUUCACCCCCAAGACACACCGGGACGAGCUCGUUCGCCAACCUGGUCGGUGAGGGUCCCUAUAUAUAUAUUAUGACAGAUGGGCGCUCACCGAUCAGGUUACAGAACAUGCUCGUUCCGUUGUGUCAUGGGGCUCAUACUUAAAUCCUCGCAGGCAGUCGCACAGCGACUAGUGGUAUAUGUUGAUAAGGUGACACCGACAAAGACAAGGGAGACAGGAAUGGCCAUUUCUGGCUUAUUAGCCGUCAUCAGCCAGUCAUACCCAACCCCAAGUGUGGAUCACUUGAGAUUCGAACCCGGGAUCUUUGGUCAUGGUGUUUGACGCUCUACCAUUGAGCCACGGGCCCGUUGUCCCGUCGGUUGUGAUCGGGAAUAUCAGUUAUGACAGAUGGUGCUCACCGAUCAGGUUACAGAAAAUGCUCCUUCUGUUGCGCCCAUCUGUCAUAAUUGAUAUUCCCGAUCACAAUCGACAGGACAACGGGCCCGUGGCUCAAUGGUAGAGCGUCAAACACCAUGACCAAAGAUCCCGGGUUCGAAUCUCAAGUGAUCCACACUUGGGGUUGGGUAUGACUGGCUGAUGACGGCUAAUAAGCCAGAAAUGGCCAUUCCUGUCUCCCUUGUCUUUGUCGGUGUCACCUUAUCAACAUAUACCACUAGUCGCUGUGCGACUGCCUGCGAGGAUUUAAGUAUGAGCCCCAUGACACAACGGAACGAGCAUGUUCUGUAACCUGAUCGGUGAGCGCCCAUCUGUCAUAAUAUAUAUAUAGGGACCCUCACCGACCAGGUUGGCGAACGAGCUCGUCCCGGUGUGUCUUGGGGGUGAAGCAAAACCCUCAAGGGCAGUCGCACAGUAACCGGUAGUGUAGGUAGUCUGUAUGCCACCGACUAAGACCAUCUAGGCCGGAAUGUUAUUUUUGGCCUACUAGCUAUCAUCAGCUAGUCAUGACCAAAUAUUCCGGGUAUGAGUCAUAGGUGGUGAUGAUGACGAUGAUGAUGCUGAUGAGGAUGAUGAUGAUGAUGAUGAUGAUGAUGAUGAUGAUGAUGAUGAUGAUGAUGAUGAUGAUGAUGAUGAUGAUGAUGAUGAUGAUGAUGAUGAUGAUGAUGAUGAUGAUGAUGAUGAUGAUGAUGAUGAUGAUGAUGAUGAUGAUGAUGAUGAUGAUGAAAAUAAUGACUAA